AUGGACGACCUGCGUCUCCCCCCAGAAUAUGGCAACCGCUACAGCGGAGCCACUUCGCAAGUCCCCGAGCUCAAUCUUACGGAUAUCCCCAAGUCACCUAUCGUACCAACGGUGACAGGUGCAGCCAAGUCUCCAGAGCGGUCACCCCAUGUAUUCCCAUGGUAUCACCCCCAAGGCUGGUCCCGAGGCCAACAAAUCCUCAUCGCGGCGGUGAUAUCAGCAGCGGUGAUUCUCGUCACGGUCGUCGGUGCCGUGAUAGGCGUCAAAGCAAAUCGAUAUCCAAACUACACACCCUUAAACUAUCGACUGGUAGAUGCCUACCAGGGAAGAUCCUUCUUCGAUAAAUUCAACUACUUCUCCGACGAAGAUCCGACAGACGGAUUCGUGGUCUAUGUCAACCGGAGUGCAGCUCAAGAUCUCAAUCUGACCUAUGCCAGCGAUACCUCUGCCAUACUGCGCGUGGACUCCUUCACUCCCCGUGCAAUCGGUGGUCGUAAUUCGGUGCGCAUCGAGUCCAAAGCUACCUAUGACACGGGUCUAUUUGUGUUUGAUAUUAUCCACACGCCCUACGGAUGUGGAACAUGGCCAGCCCUGUGGUUAACAGAUGGAUACAACUGGCCGAAUAAUGGAGAAAUUGACGUCCUCGAGUCUAAUAAUGAGGGUUCGAACGGUAAUGAAAUCACCCUGCAUACGACCAGGGGGUGCAACAUGAACGUCAAGCGUAAAGAGUUGGGAUCACCUGUGAAGAAGUGGUGUGAUAAUAGCACCGAUGGGAACUCUGGCUGUGGUGUGCUGGGUGAUCCGUCUACGUACGGACAGGAAUUUAAUCAGAAUGGUGGUGGAGUCUACACUCUCGAACUCCGCAAGGAAGGAAUCCGCACCUGGUUCUUCCCCCGCACCUCCAUUCCAUCCGACAUCACCAAUCCGACCCUCACCCCCAACCCGUCAAUCUGGGGCACAGCACUCGCCGACUACCCCAGUACGAACUGCGACAUCCCCUCACACUUCCGAAACCAGAGCAUCGUUGCAAAUAUCGAUCUGUGUGGGGAACUGGGAGCGCAACCGCAGUAUUAUACUCAGAUGUAUAAUUGUCCUGGUACCUGUUCGGAUUUUGUGGCGAAUAAUCCGGGCAGAUUUGAGGAGGCAUUUUGGGAGUUUGGGGGGUUUAAAGUUUAUCAGGAGAUUUAG